AAAGACUUUCUUGAAGUCGGAACCGUGAGGGGAUCCUGACUGACAGAAAGUUAGAGGCACCAAGAAGCCCGAGGAUUCUCACUGAACUCUGGGAACUGCUUUAAAGAAACUAGAGUACCAAAGAAGACCUAGGAGGUGUGAGAAUCUCUGCAGCUGGGGCCAAAAUGUCAUUCAUAGAUCCUUAUCAGCACAUUAUAGUGGAACACCAGUAUUCCCAUAAAUUCACGGUUGUGGUUCUAAGUGCCACCAAAGUAACCAAGGGGACCUUUGGUGAUAUGCUUGACACUCCAGAUCCUUAUGUGGAACUCUUCAUCUCUACAACCCCUGACAGCAGGAAGAGAACAAGACACUUCAAUAAUGACAUAAACCCUGUGUGGAAUGAGAGCUUUGAGUUCAUUUUGGAUCCUAAUCAGGAGAAUGUUUUGGAGAUCACAUUGAUGGAUGCCAAUUACAUCAUGGAUGAAACCUUAGGCACAGCUACAUUUCCUGUAUCUUCUAUGAAGGUGGGAGAGAAGAAAGAAGUCCCUUUUGUUUUCAACCAAGUCACUGAAAUGAUUCUGGAAAUGUCUCUUGAAGUUUGCUCAUGCCCGGACCUACGGUUCAGCAUGGCUCUGUGUGAUCAGGAGAAAGCUUUCAGACAACAGAGGAAAGAGAACAUAAAGGAGAACAUGAAGAAACUCUUGGGUCCAGAAAAGAGUGAGGGGCUAUAUUCCACACGUGAUGUCCCUGUGGUGGCCAUUUUGGGUUCAGGUGGGGGUUUCCGGGCCAUGGUGGGAUUCUCUGGUGUGAUGAAGGCGCUGUAUGAAUCAGGGAUUUUGGACUGUGCUACCUACAUUGCUGGUCUUUCAGGCUCCACAUGGUACAUGUCAACCUUGUACUCUCACCCUGAUUUUCCAGAAAAAGGCCCAGAGGAGAUUAAUGAAGAGCUAAUGAAAAACGUUAGCCACAACCCUCUCUUACUUCUCACACCACAAAAAAUUAAGAGAUAUGUUGAUUCUUUAUGGAAGAAGAAAAGUUCUGGCCAACCUGUUACCUUUACUGACAUCUUUGGGAUGUUAAUAGGAGAAACACUAAUUCAAAACAGAAUGAACACGACCUUGAGUAGUUUGAAGGAAAAGGUCGAUGCAGCUCGGUGCCCCUUGCCUCUCUUCACCUGCCUCCACGUCAAACCUGAUGUGUCAGAGCUGAUGUUUGCUGAUUGGGUUGAAUUUAGUCCAUAUGAGAUUGGCAUGGCAAAAUAUGGUACCUUUAUGGCUCCUGACCUAUUUGGAAGCAAGUUUUUUAUGGGAACGGUUGUGAAAAAAUACGAAGAGAACCCCUUGCAUUUCUUAAUGGGUGUCUGGGGCAGUGCCUUUUCCAUACUGUUCAACAGAGUCCUGGGAGUUUCUGGGUCACAAAACAAAGGCUCUACAAUGGAGGAGGAAUUAGAGAAUAUUACGGCAAAGCACAUUGUGAGUAAUGACAGUUCUGACAGUGAUGAUGAGGCCCAAGCACCCAAAGGCACAGAGAACGAAGAGGCCGAAAGAGAGUACCAAAAUGACAACCAAGCAAGCUGGGUCCAUCGGAUGCUGAUGGCCUUGGUGAGUGACUCAGCUUUGUUCAAUACCCGAGAAGGCCGCGCAGGGAAGGUGCACAACUUCAUGUUGGGCUUGAAUCUCAACACGUCCUAUCCACUGUCUCCUUUGAGAGACCUCACCCCCCAGGAUUCCUUCGAUGACGAUGAACUCGAUGCAGCCGUAGCAGAUCCAGAUGAAUUUGAACGAAUAUAUGAACCACUAGAUGUCAAAAGUAAAAAGAUUCAUGUUGUAGACAGCGGGCUCACUUUUAACCUGCCGUAUCCCUUGAUUCUACGACCUCAGAGAGGUGUGGAUCUCAUCAUCUCCUUUGACUUCUCUGCAAGGCCAAGUGACACAAGCCCUCCUUUCAAGGAACUUCUACUUGCAGAGAAGUGGGCUAAAAUGAACAAGCUCCCCUUCCCAAAGAUUGACCCUUAUGUGUUUGAUCGGGAAGGGUUAAAGGAGUGCUAUGUGUUUAAACCCAAGAAUCCUGAUGUGGAGAACGAUUGCCCUACCAUUAUCCACUUCGUUCUGGCCAACAUCAACUUCAGAAAGUACAAGGCCCCAGGUGUUCCAAGGGAAACCAAAGAGGAGAAAGAAAUAGCUGACUUUGACAUUUUUGAUGACCCUGAGUCGCCAUUUUCAACCUUCAACUUUCAGUAUCCAAAUCAAGCCUUCAAAAGGCUACAUGAUCUCAUGUACUUCAACACGCUGAACAACAUUGACGUGAUAAAAGACGCCAUUGUUGAGAGUAUUGAGUACAGAAGACAGAAUCCAUCUCGUUGCUCUGUUUCCCUGAGUAAUGUCGAGGCAAGAAAAUUCUUCAACAAGGAGUUCCUAAGUAAACCCACGGCGUAGUCUGUGUGCUGCAAAGAUCAAGCUGUUUGGAUCAUGACGAUUGGAGUCAAGAGCGAUUUAGAGAUCGUCUUACUGAGCAUAAGAGACUGGCUAGCACUCAGAGUUACAGCGAUUUAGCUGCGUGUUGGGUGGAAAAUGGUGUUGGUUAUGUAAUUCUUAGCAACAGUUUGUGUCAGUAUGAACUUUCUGACAUAAGCAGAGGGAUAUAUACUGUAUUUUAAACAUUCCUCACCAACCUUUUUUUUUAACCUGUACUUAUACAUAUAUAUAUAUAAAUGUGGUUUUCUUUUUUAAAAUAUUUAAUAGUUUAGCUCAGUAAGUAAGGCUUCCCAUUGUGUGUGAAUGUUAUUCACAAACUAGAUUUGUUCAUGCCAUGAUACAACACUAUUUUUUAUUUAAGGAUUCAUAUGUACACAUAUGAAAUAAAAAUCUUUGAUGUACAAACUA